AUGCGGCGGGGCGCGCUCCUGGCCGGUGCCCUGGUCGCCUACGCUGGGUACCUGGCGCUGGGCGCGCUGCUGGUGGCUCAGCUGGAGCGGCCGCACGAAGCCCGGCUGCGGGCAGAGCUGGGGACGCUGCGGGAGCAGCUGCUGCGGCGCAGCCCGUGCGUGGCGGCGCCCGCCCUGGACGCCUUCGUGGAGCGGGUGCUGGCGGCCGGACGGCUGGGACGGGCGGUGCUGGCCAAUACCACGGGACCCGCCAACGCUUCGGACCCCGCCUGGGACUUCGCCUCAGCGCUCUUCUUCGCCAGCACACUAGUCACUACCGUGGGCUAUGGCUACACGACCCCGCUAACAGAUGCAGGCAAAGCCUUCUCCAUCGUCUUUGCGCUCCUGGGCGUGCCCCUCACCAUGCUGCUCCUGACUGCCUCGGCCCAGCGCCUGUCACUGCUGCUCACCCACACACCCCUGUCCUGGCUGAGCUUGCGCUGGGGCUGGCACCCCCAGCGGGCAGCCCGCUGGCACCUGGUGGCUCUGUUGGUGGUCAUAGUGGCGGUCUUCUUCCUGGUGCCAGCUGCGGUUUUCGCCUACCUGGAGGAGGCCUGGAGCUUCCUGGAUGCCUUCUACUUCUGCUUCAUCUCUCUGUCCACCAUUGGCCUGGGGGACUAUGUGCCUGGGGAAGCCCCUGGCCAACCUUACCGGUCCCUCUACAAGGUGCUUGUCACAGCAUACCUUUUCCUGGGCCUGGUUGCCAUGGUGCUGGUGCUGCAGACUUUCCACCAUGUGUCUGACCUCCAUGGCCUCACCGAACUCAUCUUGCUGCCCAAUCCGGACCCUGCCAACCUCAGUCCGGAUGAGGAUGACCAGGUGAACAUUCUGGACACCCAGACAGAUCUGCACCAGCACCUCUCAGCUGGCUCCCAUGCUAACUACGCCUCCAUCCCCAGGUAGCUGGGUAGGUGCUCUCAACAUGGAUACACAGGGCUUUGGGGCCCAUGUGUCUAGAGCGGACCAACAAGAGUGCCCUCGCACGCUCUCCUGACUCUCAAGGCCCUCCGCUGGGAGCGGAGGAGUGGCUGCUCUGCUCUCGUGCCCUCAGCUGCUCAGGGAACCACCACUGCCAGGCCGCUUUCUCUUCCUUCCUCUUCUCUCAUUUCUUCUUAUACUCGGACCCCUUGCACCUUCUGACUUAGCUGGUGAGAGCGGUGCUUUAACUCGUCUCGUCGUUCUUUUCUUGUGUCUCGUUCCCUCCCGCUGCAUCAUUCACAGUUGCCAGUUCUUCCGGCCUGGACUUCACUUCAGUCACUGCGUUAGUGGCUCUGUGUUUGCCAAGUGAUUUCCCCAUUCUGAACGCUGUCAUCCUCAGCUGUCUAGUGCGAAGAAUAUCAGACUGGUCUACAGCCCUCACUUCUGCCCUUCUGCUGGUCUGUGCCAGGCAC